UUUAUAAAUUACACGGAUAAAAAAAUCAUAAUCGUGAAAUAGAUAUCACUACUGACAAUUAGAUAAUACGUAUGUAAAUGUUGACACGUGGUGUCUAUGUGUUCGAGUAUUUUCGACCACUGUCGUAGCGAUGAACAACCAAAAUUAGUACUCGCGUAAAAAGUCAUUUACAUCUAUCUGUAAACUAUGUUUUGAAUUAUUUCGAUUUAUUUGCUCUAUUGGGGAACAUUAAAUAUCUAUGGCGUCGGUGUAAUAAUUUUUGAGGAAUUGUCAUAUAACUGAAAUUAAUAAUUGAAAUCCCACAAAAUGUCACAAUAUGAGGAUGUCAUUGUGGAAGAUAAAAGGAGUGAUGAUAAUGUAAUACCAGAAUCAGAGAUUAGGCAUAGAAUUCCAUGGAGUGAACGCGUGUUUUUAAACAGUGAAGUACCAGGCUUACAUGAAGUUAAAGAAUUAUUAGAGGAUGAUGAUGCAAGCUGUUUGGCAGAAGAAGAGGAUGGAGUUGGUUGUCCGUUACCUUCAACUCCUGAGGAUGAUCAUCUUUUGGAUUGUGAGAUGACAGAAGUAUUAAAAGCUGGUGUGUUAAGUGAUGAAAUUGAUCUUGGUGCGUUAGCACAUAAUGCUGCAGAGCAAGCAGAAGAAUUUGUCCGCAAGGUUUGGGAAGCAUCGUGGAAGCAGUGUCAUUUCAGGAAUCUUCCAAAGUGGUUACAAGAUAAUGAUUUCUUACAUGCUGGCCACAGACCACCUUUACCAUCUUUUUACGCCUGUUUUAAAAGUAUUUUUCGAAUUCAUACAGAAACUGGAAAUAUUUGGACUCAUUUGCUUGGAUGCGUUGCAUUUAUUGGCAUAGCUAUAUUCUUCAUAACACAACCUCCUAUAGAAAUACAAUUGGAAGAAAAAUUGGUAUUUGGUACCUUCUUUGCUGGUGCUAUUAUAUGUCUAGGAAUGUCAUUUGCCUUUCACACUGUACACUGCCACAGCGAAUGUGUCGGAAAGUUGUUUUCAAAAUUAGAUUACUGUGGAAUAGCUAUGCUAAUUAUGGGUAGUUUUGUACCAUGGCUUUACUAUGGUUUUUACUGUGAUUAUCAACCUAGGCUUAUUUAUUUGUCAGUGGUUGUAAUACUUGGUGUAACAAGUAUUGUCGUAUCAUUAUGGGAACGAUUUGGUGAACCAAGUUACAGACCAUUAAGGGCAGGCGUUUUUAUGGGAUUUGGUCUUAGUGGGGUAAUACCAGCAGUACAUUAUGCCAUUGCAGAGGGUUGGUUUAAAGCAAUUAGUCAAGCAUCUCUUGGAUGGUUAAUAUUAAUGGGAUGUUUGUACAUCUUAGGUGCAUUGUUUUAUGCAUUAAGAGUACCUGAACGAUUUUUUCCUGGCAAGUUCGAUAUUUGGUUUCAGAGUCAUCAAAUCUUCCACGUGUUAGUGAUUGCAGCAGCUUUUGUUCAUUACCACGGAAUAACAGAGAUGGCUAUGUAUAGAAUGACAAUAGGAGAUUGUACAAAUCCGUCGCAGGUGAUGGCUUUUUAAUUAUGCAAUGAGCAUAUAAUAUCGUGUUGUUGGAUUUCACCUUACGUACCUUUAUCGAGACUUAAAAAGAUUCCUAAAUCUUUGUGUGUCGGUAGAUCUGUACUACAAAAGAACUGCUGGAAACAAUAUCAUAAAAAUAAACAGCACAAGAAUUUUCUUCUAGUUCGUCAUAAUUAGCAAAAAAAUUUUAAAGGAAAUUUACAGAGAUUUAAUAAAAGUUCAUAAUAAAGUGCAAUAUGUGAUAAUGAGAACUUAAUUAAAUAAAACUUUUUACACUUUCGUAAAUCUGAAUUAUGAAAAAUCACUUUGUAUUGAGCUCAAUGUUUAAAACGUUUGUCAUAUUUAUCAAAAAUUUUAGUAGUACAAAGUAACAAAUAAUGUAACUAUUUACACUUGUUGUUUCUUUCUUUAUGCGAAUAAUUUAUUUAAAUGUUUUAAUUUCUUUAUAUGUAGUAACGUUAUUAUAUGCAAAAUGAAUGUGAAGUUAUAAAAUAUCAUUUUACUGACUGAUAAUGACUGAUCUCUUGUUUCGUGCAGUUCUCUUACUUGUUGAAAGCAAGUUAAUGAAAAGAAGUUGUAAAAUACGAAACAGAGUACAGAUAUAUGGCAACGAACAAUAUAAUAUAAUUAAGAUUUAGGAAUGAAUUAAAAACAUGAAUGACUUUAUAGUAUAAGCACUAUAAAAGUUGUAAUAUAUUUUGAACACUGUUAAAGCAAUGAAAACUAUUUAUUGUAAUGAUUAUGUGUGAACUAUACAAAUUCAACCUUUUUUGCAUCACACUUGCAUAUAGUAAGUAAAACACUGAUUUUCUUUUCAGUGUCUGUAUCUUCAAAAUUUAUUGUGUAUCAUAAUUUGUUUUUUGACUUCUUAUUUUCUAUAUUGAUUAUAGAUGGUUUGCAUUUUUUAAUGCUAGUAGAACAAUUUUCAUUCUCACUUUUUCCCAUGUAGCUUUAUGUUUGUUGUAAAAUACACAUUUCAUUGCAGAUCUGCUGUUUUUUCAUAUAAAAAAGUGUUGAAUACUUUUGUUAUUAUCAUAGGGUCUAGUACUUAUAUAAAGAGAUAUUGUUGACAUUUUUACAUAAAUAAUUCGUACUAUUGGUAAAUUAAUAAAGAAGGAAAUUAUGAAUUUCAUAUGUAAAAACACAAUUAUCCUACUUUAUGUAAUUUCCCAAAAAUAUAUUUUUCUAAAUAAAUAUUGUAGUAUCAUUUUGCGAACUA